AAUGAAAGGCUUCCUCUCUGUUCCUGCUGCCAGCGGUCUUCAUCGUCCUCCUCCUCGCUCCUGUGUUGACCAGCUGCAUGGAGCUCAUCCAGCCGAGGGACUGCAGCAACAUCCGCCGCCAAGACAGAAGCCAAAGCAGCGGCGUGUACACCAUCUAUCCCCUUGGAGAAAGGUCUGCGGUCCAGGUGUACUGUGACAUGGACUCAGAAGGAGGAGGCUGGAUGGUGUUCCAGAGGAGGAUGGACGGCUCGGUGAACUUCUACAGACCCUGGGAUGAGUACAAGAUGGGCUUUGGUGACGCUGCUGGAGAGUACUGGCUCGGUGAGAGUUUUAUUGGAUGAUCUGCAGCUCUGUACCA